ACUUGAAGAAGAAAGUCCAGAAGGUGCCUGAAUAUCCAUCCGUACAGGCAGUGCUCCCGUGUUCCCCUCACAGAUGCAUUAAGCCUUAGGUGAGAUGGCAGGUGCUGGAGAGCGCAAGGGGAAGAAGGAUGACAACGGCAUUGGCACAGCCAUCGAUUUUGUGCUCUCCAAUGCCCGGCUCGUGUUGGGUGUGGGCGGAGCUGCCAUGCUGGGCAUUGCCACGCUGGCUGUCAAACGAAUGUAUGACAGGGCAAUCAGUGCUCCCAGUAGCCCCACCCGCUUGAGUCAGUCAGGAAAGAGAAGCUGGGAGGAGCCAAACUGGCUGGGGUCCUCAUCACGGUUACUGAACCAGGAUAUGAAGACAAAUCUGAGCCGUUCCCUACAGACCCUCCCAACUGACCCUUCAGCUUUAGAUGCAGAUGAGUUCCGACCUGCAAAGCCCAAACUGUCUGCCAAGAGGAGCCAAGUAGAAUUGAAGAAGUCGCGCCUCCGUCUGUCCCUGCAAGAAAAACUCUUUGCCUACUACCGGAGGAAAGUGGCUAUCCCAGCAGAAGAGCAGGCCCGGGCCAAGCAGGCAGCUGUAGAUAUCUGCGCUGAGCUGCGUAGCUUCCUACGUGCCAAGCUGCCAGACAUGCCCCUGCGUGACAUGUACCUCAGUGGCAGCCUGUAUGAUGAUCUGCAGGUAGUGACAGCUGAUCACAUUCAGCUCAUUGUGCCUCUGGUCUUGGAGCAGAACCUGUGGUCAUGCAUUCCAGGUGAGGACACCAUCAUGAACAUCCCUGGCUUCUGCCUGGUGCGUCGGGAAAACCCAGAGUACUUCCCCCGUGGGAGCAGCUACUGGGACCGCUGUGUGGUGGGGGGCUACCUCUCCCCCAAGGCUGUGGCAGACACCUUUGAGAAAGUAGUGGCAGGCUCCAUUAAUUGGCCAGCCAUUGGGUCCCUCCUGGACUAUGUGAUCCGUCCAGCAGCACCCCCAGAGACCCUGACACUGGAAGUCCAGUAUGAGCCAGAGCGACACCUUCUUAUUGACUUCCUGCCAUCCCUGACACUUGGUGACACCAUCCUGGUGGCCAGACCCCACCGAUUGGCCCAGUAUGACAAUCUAUGGCGACUGAGCCUGCGGCCAGCAGAGACAGCUCGCCUGCGGGCCCUGGACCAAGGUGAUUCUGGCUGCCGUUGCUUGUGCCUCAAGAUUCUCAAAGCUGUGUGCAAGUCAAACCCAGCACUGGGCCGCCUCACUGCCAGCCAGCUCACCAAUGUCAUCCUGCAUUUGGCCCAAGAGGAGUCUGACUGGUCCCAAGAUGUGCUAGCUGACCGCUUCCUGCAGGCACUGAAGGGACUGAUUGGCUACUUGGAGGCUGGGGUCUUACCCAGUGCUCUGAAUCCCAAGGUGAACUUGUUUUCAGAGCUCACCCCUGAAGAAGUGGAUGAGUUGGGCUACACUCUCUACAGCUCCCUCUCAGAGCCACAGGUCUUGCUGCAGACGUAAUGGGACUUUACAUGGGAGAAUGAUGUUCGGGUUGUCUGGCCAAGAUGGACUUUGACUCUUACUAACUGUUGUCCCCUCUCCCCCCAUCUUUUUUCUUUAGGCCACCCAUACUUCCUGCUGUGAAGUUGGUGCUCCCGCUGGAUUUCUUGGUGCUACUGGUCCAGUUCCACUGUUCUCUGUCCCAGCUGUUAUCUGUUGACUGCGGGAGGCGGGGAGGGGGACCAUUGUGCAGUGUUUGUUCUUAAGGCCUGCUGCAGGUGUUCCAACCUACCAAAACACUGUGCCCUCUUUUCCCUAUGCUACUUGCUGCAGGAAGUGAACCCCUUCACUUCCAUGUUAGAGUGGGUGGAACUGGGCCAGUGAAUCCAAUGGCAAUUUGAGCAAACUUAUUGUUGACAUCUAGUAUUUCUUCCACAGUCUGGCUUUCCCUCCCUCAUGUGUUUCCCUCUGUUUCACCUACCUUGUUGUUUUCCUUUCCUCUCUCUCCCAUUCAGACCCAGAAGUACAUAGCAGCCCAACUGGGAUUUUUUAAUAGGACUGUGUAUAGCAGUGAUUGUAUUACAGAGUAAACUCUGCAUGAUGAUUGUACAGGCAGUGUGUAGGGGUGUAAGGCUUGCAGGAGAAGUAUACACAGGGCUGACGUUUCUGCCAGUGUGGAGUCCCAACAGCAGUGUCAUCCUUGGUAAGCUGGGUGUAUGUGAUCAGUCAAAGGUGCACCACCCCUUCAAGUAUGUGCUGGUCCCACUGAACCUAUGAAGAAACUGUGCAUGUACAUCCUGUCCCCAUGAGGCUGAGGAGAGGGGGGGUUUGCCAUUCCUGCCUGGCAAGAUCCAUUGGGUGUUGCUGGUGGAAUUGCCUUGGAAAUCAAGAAUAGUCAAGGUGAGACCCCAAAUGUGCAGCGUAAGCGGCUGAAUACAGGGGCUAUUUUCUCAGUUUCUCUCUUAUAGCAUCUCUCUCAUGCCAUUGUGGUUUUACUCUCGGUAAAAGGCGGAAGCAGGUUUAUACAACAGAGGGGUUUGCAAUAGACACGCAUGGGUCAGGUUGUCACCUGGUGUAAAUUGGUGAAGCUGCACUGAAGUUGAUGAAGCCACACUGAAUUACACCAGCUGAGGAUCUGGCCCAUACAUACUAAGUGCAGUAUUAGUGCCUAGUAGCCAUCUAGGAAUGAGGUACUGGGAACAGGAGAUGAAGGGUCUGUAUCUCUGUUUUGGGAGAAAACGAAGGGAAGGGGAGAGCUGGGGUAGAUCUUCCCUUCUGUGUUCCCACAGGUUAAACUUGCACCGUUUGGAGUGUAAAGUCAUUGGGACAGUGGGGCACAUAAUUCACAUUUCCUCUGUUUGGUCCUGUUAGAUUUCUGCAGUAUUUCAACUUCCACUGCCAUUUUGUGCUGUUCUCUCUCUGCUGUACUUUCCUGCCUGUCUCCAGAUGAUUAUACAGCUUUGAGGGAGUGGCCAGCCACACAGCUGUAUCUCCUGCAUUGCAGGCAUGGAGCACCUAUCUGCUCGGGACUACACAGCUUCCUUCAUGCUGCCACCCUCUGACAACGGUGGGGCUCUGUCUGUCUUGAAUGACAAGUACUACCAUUAUGUGUAUGUACAGUUUUGGAGUUGUUUCCUCUUCCCAUUUUUAACACCCAACCCUUCUAUUUAAAAGCAACACAAAAGCUGAGGAGAUGAAUUGCAAUUGUGGAGACUCAGGAGAAGAGAUCUGAGACCUUAUUUUAUUUCCCUCUUAAAGGUGGUGCAGGGGCUUGUGAUGUAAAUCUCGGGUGGAGUCCCAGCAGAGACACUUAGGCCAUAUUUUCUAAUUAAAGGUGGUGCUGGUAAGAUGAAUCCUAGGGAUGUGCAUUUAUCCUAGGCCAGGUUUUCUCAGGCAGUCAGUCCAGUCUAACCAGUUUGUCCAACAGUAUUCAGUAUACAGUGAUAAUGCAAUGUUACAUUUUAAAUUAUUUAACCCCUAGACUACUGCUAUUUUCUAGGCUGCCAGCCAAAGGCUUGGAAAGCUGUGUGUUAUAUAAAAUCUGUAGUCUCCAAAGCGUUAACAAAUUGACUUUGUAUUAUUUUAUUUUUUAACUUUUGCAGCAAUCAGUGUUGGGUGUGGUGUUGGUUGCUCCUCACUCAUGUUCCUGGAGUUUAACCCUUUUCCUUUCUUGCUCUCUGCUGUCCUUCCAGUAUCAGUCUUCCUGCCAUAAACACAAACAGGCGAGACUUUGAGUCCCUUGGGGGACUGGGAAACUCACCCUCCCUCUAGCUACUUGAAGGUCAACAAAGCUAUUAAAAUACCAAGGGAUGGAUGGAUUCCCUCUGUGCAUUCAUCUCUGCAGUGUUCUCACCCCCCCUCACUUGGUGCUGACUCCAACACAAUGGCCUGGACAUAACCGAGUAAUAGCAUGGUCAGGAAUUAUCAAAACCCUACAAAAAGGGUGAGACAAGAAUAGGGGGAAGCCAGUGUCUGGUUUGGCUUCGGAAGUCUUCCCUGUUCUUGUCAGAUCCUUAUCUUUAUACAGACACUGUAAGUGAACCCUUGUUUCUUUCUGGCAACCUAAUGAUUCAUGUUUUUAUGACCAUUUCUUGUUGCUCCAAAGUUGAAUUUGUGUCUUUUCCCUCUCUCAGCAAGACUUUGUUCCACUUCACUUCAGUCACUUUCUUUACUUCAUCUGUUUAAUUCUGAAAUGUAAAACUUUUUUCCCUGCUGAGCUAGCUAUAAGGAUGUCCCACCUGGUUCCUAGGGAGCCAGGUGCUCUCAUCCCGCAGGCAGCUGCCACAACUGACAACAAUCACCCCCUUGUUGGCAGUCUCAGCAUAGGCCAAAGAUAUAAUGGGUCACAGAGAUUGAGCUGACCAUGUGUCCACAGAGAGUGGUUAGAUCAGGUCAGGGCUGAGGCAUGAAGGAUGUGGGGGGAGGGCGGGAGGCCCGUGUGCUGGAAGUUGACACUAAUCUGCAUCCACUUGUAAGGGUUGUCGAGCUGGCAUCUAUCAGUGUUAAAAUUCACUACAAAUCUAGUUGUAUUGAGAGUAGAGUAAUAGCCAGGAGGGCUUCUGUGUCUUAUCCAUUCAUGGACUACUUUCUAUAUGAAAUUAAAGUACAGAGCAAGGAUGCCCAGAAUAAAAUAUGAAAAUUGCAGCCUGUGGCCACUUCCCCAGUUCAGGGAAGGAAGUGCAGCCCAUGGAGACAAAUGAUUGUAACAGGUCCAGAGCCCCAAGUCUGUUGUUCUGCACUCUUGGCUCCGGGAAUGCCUUGGUGUGUGUUGCUAUUGCUAAAGUCACACACAACUCGUAUAAGAUUGUCUUUGUGUUCCCUGUAACUGCAGAGUGAGGACCAGCUAGCUCAACUGUAGGUUUUUACUGCCAUUGAGCUCCAUCUUUAACCUUUUAAGUCAUAUGAAGAUUUUUAAAAUUAAAAGCAAUUAGUAAAAAGGCUGCCCUUUGCCUCCUGGCAAGCUGCUAGUGUGGCCCCUGGUGUCACGGAGUCUGGGUGCCCAUGUUAUGAAGUGAGCGGUUGAGAUGCCCCCAUUUCUCCCAGGCUGUGAUGUUGUGGAUUGGAAGGGGGAAGGACUAGUGCAUGAUCUGUGACAGAGUGUGUGGAAAUACUGAAAUAAAAUAACUUUCCACAGAA